ACUUUCCGGCCCGCGCCGCGCCCGCCCCUCGCCUGUCGCCCACCGGUUGGCCGUGAACGGGAAAGAGAUCCAGUCAGGAUGGCUAAGGGGGACCCCAAGAAACCAAAGGGCAAGAUGUCUGCAUACGCCUUCUUUGUGCAGACCUGCAGAGAGGAGCAUAAGAAGAAGAACCCCGAGGUCCCUGUCAAUUUCGCAGAAUUUUCCAAGAAGUGCUCAGAGAGGUGGAAGACAAUGUCUGGGAAAGAGAAGUCGAAGUUUGAUGAAAUGGCCAAGGCAGAUAAAGUUCGCUAUGACCGAGAGAUGAAAGAUUAUGGACCCGCGAAGGGAGGCAAGAAGAAAAAGGACCCCAACGCUCCCAAAAGACCACCGUCUGGAUUUUUCCUGUUUUGUUCUGAAUUCCGCCCCAAGAUCAAAUCCACCAACCCUGGUAUCUCUAUUGGUGAUGUGGCUAAAAAGCUGGGUGAGAUGUGGAAUAAUUUAAGUGACAGUGAAAAGCAGCCGUACAUCACCAAGGCGGCGAAGCUGAAGGAGAAGUAUGAGAAGGAUGUGGCUGACUAUAAGUCUAAAGGAAAGUUCGAUGGUGCAAAGGGUCCUGCUAAAGAGGUCCUUUGCGAGGCGAUGGGAUCUCGGGCCCUGCACGUGGUUCACUGUGAGGGGGUGCAGUCUCCGGAGGAGCGUGCGGACAGAAGCAUCCAGAGACUAAGUGACAUGUCCCAGCUGACCUUCCCCUUCCUUAAGAAGACCAAGAGCCAGGAUGCAGUCUAG